CCAUGUAAAUGUUUUUGCUCUAUUCAGGGCACUACUGUCCAUCAGAAGACCACCGCCCCGGUUAAAGACGAGGAGGAAGAGGAGGACGAUGAUAUUGACCUGUUUGGCAGCGAUGAGGACGAUGAAGAGGCAGACAAACUUAAAGAACAGAGGUUGAAAGAGUACGCAGAGAAGAAGGCCAAGAAGCCUGGCAUCAUCGCCAAGUCUUCCAUCUUGUUAGAUGUAAAACCUUGGGACGAUGAAACUGACAUGCAGAAGCUGGAGGAGUGUGUGCGCUCAGUGCAGGCAGACGGCCUGCUAUGGGGCACGUCUAAACUGGUUCCUGUGGGUUACGGCAUCAAGAAGCUCCAGAUCGCAUGUGUGGUGGAGGACGACAAAGUGGGAACAGACAUGUUAGAGGAGGAAAUCACUAAGUUUGAAGACUAU